GAGGAAUCUGGCCAUGGCUACCGGUCGUGGCUUCUUCCUUAGUAUCACCAAAUACUCUCCGUAGGCCUGCGUCGCGACUUUCAAUAAUGCCACGCUCAUCAUGUCUUCCAGUUCCUCCUCUGUGCUUAAUCUCUUUAGAGCAUUACUCGCCGCAUCUUAGACAGCAGACUUCGCAUUAUAGGAUCCGAUUCACGCGGUCAGAUUCUUCUAUUCCUCCAUGCAUUGCCAACAGCGAUACUAUGCAUUCCUUCAUGCACUUCUAGGUGUGAUAUCUAAUACUACCCAUGAUUCUCCCCCGCUAGUUCCGCAUCAGUCUAUCGUGGCCAAUAGACCUUUGAGCGGAUGCAGGAACGCAAACGCAGGCAUAUCGAGUUACGUCACAGUAUCCGAGUCCAAUCAAGCAGAGGAACUGGGUUGUACGAUCUUAUUGGGCUACCCUGUGCAUUUCGCAACUGCCGUGCUUCGCAAAGAUGCGAAGGACAGUGUCCCGUUGAAUAACGGGGUUGAACCAGGCCUGAAACUCACGCUGUCAAUGACGAACAUCGAGAGAGGGGCUCUAGACUUGCAGAGAUGUGAAGCUUUUCUAGAAGAGCUGAUAUUCGGGGAACUCGAUAACCCCUUGUCAGCCUCAACACCACCAGAUCGCUCGCUGUCUUCCUUGCCCGUUGGUGAGCAUAGAAAACGAAGCAACUUCACGGACGAAGCCUCCGGACCAAGGCAAGCGCAAGAUGAGCUCCCGGCAUACACAGCUGCCAAAACACCCACAAAGAGCGAUCCAAAGUCCCUCGGAUACCAUGGGAUUCUGGAAUACCUGCUCGGGAAGGAGAAAGGAACAAAGAUCUCCCAAAGGGCCGUCGAUGAAUCGGAUGUUGUUGCUAUGAUUCGCAUUGGCGAUACAGAUCCGACCAUUUACCGAAAGUCUUCAAAAUCUAGCCCGGACUGUGCGGACUUGUGUGACAGUCAUGGUUGGAGAGAUACCUUUGAAAAAAAGGUCUUCCUGGAUUCGGUCAAAGGACAGUGCGUCAGACGUCGUUCGGAAACAGACAUUGAUCGUGUGGAGAGGCGCCAUCACUCGAGAAAGACACGUGAACUCGAUGUGUUCUACAAGAUCUGUGCAGUCUUUGGGGCAUCAGUCAUUGUGGCGACCCUCCUUUAUGUCUUGCGGGAGAUCUACCGACGGCUUCGCGUGCGAUACUCGCUGCUUCAAGGCAUGAGACAUCGCGAUAAAUCCACACGCGGCAUUGCCAUGAAGGCAGGCCAACUAGUUCCGAGUGAUGAUAUGAGAGACCCGGUACCCGAGGCUUCGCUGAAAAGACCAAGUCAAACAUUGGAUGUGGUUAGUGACGGCUUCACCACGCCGUCCAUGAUCAGUUCAGCCACCCAGCAGCGAUAUAGACGGCUCACCCCCGCGCAACGAAACACUCACAGGAACAUUCAAGAGGUCUUUACUCUCGAUUCGUCUCAAGUACGUAUAGGUGAUUGGAAGGCCGAGGAGAGGAUCCCUGUGCUCCCGCCAGCCCCGAACGCAAGCGUACGAAGGCACACCGGUAUCUGGCAGGCUCAGAAGAGACAACGGUGUGCCGAAAACAAGGAGCUAGAGGGUAUCGGGCACGACAAAUCAUCUCAAUCCUGAACCAGCGCCACUCUGCAUGCUCC